AGUUUCACUUUAUUAGUUGAUCGAUGGCGGCUGAAUGGUGUCGGCCUCUGUAAACAUGUUUCCAGAAUUGAACAGCGUAUUAGACAUCAAGACUAGUGACAGUAUCAUCGGGAAAUCUGUAGGCAUUUCUGAAUCAGAUGUCGACGGAACUUUUUUGAUCCACCAUUUCCUGUCUUAUUUCUUACGAAAUGACCACCCUGUCUGUUUUGUGACGUUAGUUCAGUCGUUCAACCAUUUUAAUACAGUUAGCAAGAAAUUUGGACUAGACCUGGCAGCAAAACGGAACACUGGACAACUUGCAUUCAUUGAAGGACUUAAAUCAUUGGGAGAAUUUUACACGCUGGAUGACAAAUAUGACAAUAUGGCCAGGGGAGACAACCCCUUUGUUGAGAAAGGAACAUCCAAACAUGCCUUAGCCCCAUUAUACAGCUAUAUUGAAAAUAUAUGUAAUGGUUUCACGAAAGACCGAAGUAAACCACCAGUAGUGAUUAUUGAUGAUAUAAGUGUUCUCUUGAGCACUGGAUACUCACUGAAAAACAGCAUUUCCUUGAUCCAGUAUUUGCAAAGUUAUAUUUCCAAACUUGAGGGAACAUUGGUUUUACACAUUAACAAAGGAAAGGGAUCAUGUGACGAAGAUGCUGUUUCAGUGUGGAAGCACAUGUGCCAUUUCUUUCCACUUCAGAUAGAAGUUUGUGGCUUGAGCAGUGGCUAUUGCAGGGACGUACAUGGAGAGUUGAAUAUUACACAGGAUAAUUCCCUACACAAGCAUCAAGUGAAGAAAGCCAUGCAGUAUAAACUGACAGACAAAACUAUUUCACUAUUUGCAGCAGGAAUGUCAGCUGCAGUGUUGUGAACACCAAUGCUGCAGGAAUGUCAGCUGCAGUGCUGUGAACACGAAUGCUGCAGGAAUGUCAGCUGCAGUGUUGUGAACACAAAACAAGAUACUUGUGAAAAAUCAUAAUUUUAAAUUUUCGUUUGUAAUGAACAUGCUGUAUAUUGGUCUGUAAAUGGCUUAUAAUGAUCUUUCAUCUGGAAAUCUUUGAGUUUUACCUGAAUUUUACCAAUUUUUCUGAAUGUUGUUAGAAAAAAAAAAGUUGAGUCAGAGAAGAACGUUUAGUAAUUACAUAUAUAACUUGGCAAAAAUUGAAAACUUUCUUACACAGAAAAUCAGUUUAUUAAAACAAAGAAAGCAAACUUAAUUAUGUGUUUUC